UUAGUUCAACGGCAGCCAGCGGCGCAAAUGGAACACGCGCAUCAACGAAUUGUGUAAAGCGGGCGAAAUAAAAAGGAGACGAAACGCGUCAAAGUGAAAAGCGCAGAAAGAAUUCACGUGCGCGCGCGAUUUUUCAACUGAGUACAACAAACAAAAACAAACUGUGUCACCCAAACAAUACAAAUCAUUAGCGAGUGAGAGCAGAACAACAAUACAAGGCAAAGAACUGCACCCAAGAAUAAAGCUCAGCUGGCGGCCAAAUAAAGUUCCUUUGCAGCCUAAAGCCAUAAACAUAUCAAAAGUGGAGCCGCGUUAUUCGAUAAAGUGAAAUGACUAUCUUGCCAGACAUUAAGGCCACCGACGCCGCCUGUUGCGUGGGUGGAGGCGACACCAGCAGCAACAGCGAGGCAAGCACCAGUGGCAGCCUCAAGGAGCAACAGCAUCAUCAUCUUCAUCAUCAUGGCAAAAGCGAUUGCCUGGGCAUGAAUUGUUGCACCUCGGCAGCGAGCUCAGAGUUGUCCAUCGAUGAGAAAUCAUCGACUUCGUCCGCCACAAAUAAGGUCAACAAUAAUCUCAACGAGUUUCGCACAUUCAAUUACCACGAAGCUGUGGCUCAUGCCAAUUUUGCCGCCUGCGAACCCAUCGACAUUGAAUUCUCCGAUGUACGCUAUGAGGUUCGCAAGUUUUCCUUUGCCGAACGCAAGUUUGUUACUAAGGAGAUCCUGCAUGGUCUGCAAGGCAACUUUAAGUCAGGUGAACUAACAGCCAUCAUGGGUCCUUCGGGUGCAGGCAAGAGCACACUAUUGAAUGUCAUGUCGGGAUUUUGCGCCUCCGGAGUCAGUGGCAACAUUCGCGUCAAUGGCAAACCCAUGGCCACAAGCUCGGAGCGAUUUCGCCGGCUGUCGUGCUACAUUCACCAGGAUGAUCUGUUGCGUCCCCAGCUGAUGGUUGGCGAGAUAAUGAUGAUGGCAGCGCACUUGAAGCUCGGCUUCAAAGUGACCAAAGGCUACAAGCUCAAUUUGAUCAAACACAUCUUAUCGCUGUUGGGCCUGGAGCAUCGCUUCAAUGUGCACACAGGAAAACUGUCGGGCGGACAGAAGAAGCGUCUUGCCAUUGCCCUGGAGCUGAUAAGCAACCCGCCGGUUCUCUAUCUGGAUGAGCCAACGACCGGCCUUGACAGCUCCUCGUGCAGCUCAUGCGUUGCCCUGCUUAAGAAACUUGCCUCGCAGGGUCACACGAUUGUCUGUACCAUCCAUCAGCCGAGUGCUCUGAUCUUCGAGAUGUUCGAUAAGCUCUACACUGUCGCCGAUGGUCAUUGCAUGUAUCAGGGCAGGGUGAAGGAGCUGGUGCCCUUCUUAGCCGAUCAGCAGCUCAUCUGUCCCAGCUAUCACAAUCCAGCCGACUACCUGCUGGAAGUGGCAGUUGGCGAACAUCAACGCGACAUUAGCAAUCUGAUAGAAGCUGCGAAACAGAAGUAUUACGAGGAUGCCAGUCGUUAUCCCUACGUUAAUACAGACGAUAUGUCGCGCAUUAUAUCAACGAUAAAAGAGAACAUUGGCGGCAAGAAGUUGAGCAGCUCGGCCCAAGAGCUCUCAACGCUGGCGAUCACACAAUUCGCCAGCUUUGACUAUGCGAAGUCGGGGUACCAAGAGUUGCCGCUAAAGGAAAUCAAUGCUCGACAACAAAACAACGAUGACGAUAAUGAUAAUGAUGUGGAGAUUGCCAAUAUGAGAAGCACAGAAUUGGAGACAUCUGAGAAGAUCGAAUCGGCCUCGUUCCUCAUGCAAUAUCUUCUCCUGAUGAAACGCAUUUUGGUCUGCGCCCGUCGUAACUAUUUUCUGCUCUUGGCCCGCAUCAUAUCGCACAUAGUCAUUGGCGUGAUAUUCGGCUACCUGUAUAUGAAUGUCGGCAACAGCGCGCACUCAGUGCUGGGCAACUACGUCUAUCUGUAUGGCACAACCCUCCUCUUGGUCUACACCGGCAAAAUGGCAGUGGUAUUGACAUUUCCCUUGGAGAUCGAUAUGCUGACGAGGGAACACUUCAAUCGUUGGUACAAGUUGGGACCGUAUUUCUUGUCGCUGAUCAGCUUCGAGAUACCCUUUCAAAGUUUGUGUGCCGCACUUUAUAUCGUUAUUAGCGUGCGAUUGACGGAUAACGAUAGCUCUGAAUCUUUCCGAAUCUAUUACUUUAUGCUCUUGGCCAUUAUGGCCACGCUCAGUGCUCAAGCGUGGGGCUUAUUUGUGGGCGCCACGCUGCCAACUAAGCUUGCCGUCUUCAUCGGACCUAUUUUGGCUGUAUUGUUCUCCGUUUUUGGCUUCUGCACACGUUACAUCGACAUAACGCCGAUAUUUCGUUGGAUGUGGCAUCUGAGCUAUUUCCGUGCUGGUUUCCAUGGAGCGCUCAAUGCCAUCUAUGGCAUGGAUCGCCAAUUCCUCAACUGUCCCGACAAUGUCAUGUACUGUCAUUUUCGCAGUCCCAAAGUCUUUCUCAAGUACAUGAUGAUCUCCGAUGUUCACAUGUCCGACUGUAUACUGCUCAUGGGCACUGUGAUUGGUGUGAUGCAUCUGCUGACGGUGAUCACGCUGUGGCGCAAGCUGAACAAACGAUAGAGCACCAUCAUACACCUAGAGUAGACUUAGUUAGUAACGAUUUUUGUAUAUAUUUAGGUGUCUAUUUCUUUGUUUUUUUUCGUUUUGAUUCUUCAAUUUCAUUUAUUAUUUAAUUGUACUAUUUAUUUAGCAUUAAGUUAAAGACAUUCAUUCGAUUUUGUUGCAUAACUUUAACCAAAUUGUUCAAAAAAGGCUUUAGGGUAGCAUUUUAAACACUUAUUCUCACCCAUAUUAAGGUAGUAUGUAGUUUUAAUUUAAUCUUUUACGCUGAUAUACCAAAAACACAAAAAAGAAGGAAAAACAUAAAAUACAAAAACA